CGGUGACCCGUUAGCUCAAAUGGCUGAAACUGUGGCUGAAAUGCGCGGGUUACAUGGCAGGUUGCUGCGAUCGUUGCGAUGUAGACCCGCGCGAAGUUUGCUUUAGUCAAUUUAACGUAGUCAUGUAAGUUGUGCUACGAGGGUUGAAAUGUCUUCAGGCAUUUGCGCCGAGCUGUCUAAAGUCCGAGUACUCCUGGACGACAUCGAAUGCCUCGUUUGCGACGAACAAGCGAACUCCGAUUGUCGGACCGAGUCCCAGCUCAAGCUCGUCGCCGAAAUGCUCGGUAAACUCCGGGACGAACUGACGACGACGAAGGGCUCUGCGCCUUCGUGCGACGGCGUCGGGGACAGUGACGGUUGGGGUAGCGACGAUGACUUUGAUAAGAGCGUCGUCGCGAUGUGCGACAUAGCCGAAAGUGUCAGCAAGCUCGAUGCCACCGAUCCAUCGGGCUCGGUUCACAAUGAAGGCGUCGAUGAAGACCGCCAUGAUAACUACGACAUUGAAACCGACGACGAAUUCGACAGCUUCUGCGAGAACGGCGCGCCGGCGGGUCCCACGUUUCAAGUCACCACCGAAGAGUCGCUCAGGAACGAGCCGCCACCGUCGGAGGACCACCUACGGGUAUUGAGGAUCAAGUUCGGCCACAGCGCGUUCAGGCCGAUGCAGUGGAAGAUAGUGCGCUCCAUCUUAGAGGAAAAGAGGGACAACUGCGUUGUCAUGGCGACCGGCUACGGAAAGAGUCUGUGCUACCAGUACCCACCCGUGUACACGGGUGGAACGGCUGUCGUGGUGUCUCCCUUAAUCUCUCUGAUGGAAGACCAAGUCCGGGGUCUGGCCGCUGCCAACAUUCCGGCGUGCUUCUUGGGCUCGGCGCAAAGCCGGCAGAGUGAAGCCGUGAAUGAGCUGUUGGCGGGUCAGUACAGGGUCCUUUACAUCACCCCAGAGUUCGCGGAGUCAAACCUCAGCCUGCCGAAAAUGCUGGAUAAACGUGUUGGCAUCACUCUAUUCGCCAUCGAUGAAGCCCACUGCGUGUCGCAGUGGGGUCAUGACUUCCGGCAUUCGUACCGGAAACUGGGCGCACUGAGGCAAAGCUUCCCGCAUGUUCCAUUCCUGGCGCUCACGGCCACUGCGACCCCGAACGUUAGAGAUGACAUUGUACGCGCCCUUUCACUCAAAGAUGUCGUCCUGACGUGUACAAGCUUUGACAGGCCCAACCUGUAUUUGGAUGUGAGAAGAAAAGGCGUCAUGAUGGACGACUUGAAAGAGGUCAUUCCAAAAGACGACAGCCCGACGAUCGUCUACUGUUCCACGAGGGGGACUACCGAAGAAGUCAUCAAAAUACUGCACAACUUGGGCGUCAAGUGCGCCCUGUACCAUGCCGGCCUGUCACUGGAAGAAAGAAAAAAAUCCCACACAAUGUUUCUGGAAGACAAAGUUCAGGUCGUUGUGGCAACGGUCGCAUUUGGCAUGGGCAUUGACAAGCCCGAUGUGCGAAGGAUCAUCCACUAUGGCGCCCCGAGGGAUAUUGAGUCUUACUACCAGGAGAUCGGCCGGGCCGGCCGUGAUGGCUUGCCCAGCAAGUGCAUAGUCUUUUUCAGUAAUGGAGACCUCGUCUCAAACAAAUACUUCCUGAAGGACAUUUCGAAUCCUUUGUUCCUCCAACACAAGACAGACAUGCUAAACAAAAUGCAGCAUUACCUAAGCAGCACUCGCUGCCGCCGUAAGUUGUUGCUGGCCCACUUUGCCGGCGCUGAGGCAGACAUGGUUGGUGGCGUGCCACAUUGCUGCGACAACUGUACGCGUCGACUUAACCAGGACAAGGCUAAAGAUGCUAAACAGGUCCAGACGAACAAAGACGGCAAGACCAACUAUACUAAGGAAGCCCGUCUUCUGUUUGAUGUCGUUAUGGGGACAAAGCAGAGGUACGGGAUAACUGUACCCAUAGCCGUUUUACGGGGAUCUUGUUCACAGAAGGUGCCAGAUUAUUUGAAAAAGAGCAUCUAUUUCGGUACCGGGAAGCACAAGACGGAAGUUUGGAAAGCUUUCGCAAGGCUUCUACAGUCUGAAGGAUAUCUGCAGGAAAAGGCAAUCCACAACUCUGGCAUGCCAAAAGGUGCAGCUACACGAUUUAUUUCCUCCAUCGUCCUGACAGAAAAGGCGAAGGAGUGGACUCGUGGCAGUGAGGAGCUUCUGCUUGAACCGACGACUGAACUGGCCGACAUGGAAGCUCCUCGGCCUGUAGCCAAGCCUCAAGUGUUGCCGAAGACUGUGGCUCCUAGGCUGCCGGUGCCGGCGACCGGCUUCGCCGACAUCAUAGAAAGCCGGCAGAAAGCUAAGAUGGAAGACGAAGAUUCGUUCCUGGCACUGACCAGAAACGAGGAGCCAUCAGAAGAUGAAAAGCUCCGCUCCGAGCUCUAUGCCCAGUUGGUGGAGCUUCGCAAUCGAAUGGCGUCAGAGUGCGGCUAUGCUCCGUACAUGGUUUUCAAUAACCGCAUUCUUCUGACCAUCGCCCAGGCUUGUCCGACAUCUCUGGAACGACUAGGGAAGGUCGAAGGUGUGUCCGAGGCCAAACUGAACAAGUUCGGCGGACGGGUGGUCGAGGUGGUUUCCCAGUUCUGCAAGGACCGCGGUCUUCAGCCAUCGGAUGACCAGGACGAGGUGUCGACGGAUGCCUCUUCGUGCCAAAAUGAUUCUUUGAACUACUUGAUGCAGGAGCUGACUGACACGCAGCGAGUGACUUACCUUCUGUAUCGAAAGAGCCAGAACGUCACGGGCAUAGCGACUAGCCGCGGCCUUGCCGUUUCGACAGUUAUCGGACACCUCACCGAAGCCAUCAAGGUCGGACUACCGGUUGACCUGGAGAGUCUCGGAGUGACAACUGAAAUCUUGGAAGCUGUCACUAACGCUGUGAUGAAUCUGAGCGGCGACAUCGGCAGAUUGACUCCGAUCAAGGACCUCUGUCCUGAACACGUAGAGUUCAAUCACAUCAAAGCGGUCUUGGCUUACCUGCAAGCCAAGUAUGGCAUCGAAAACUCUAGACUGAACCUCCCAAAGACCUUAACGUCCUCGGUGACUGGCAGUCGAAAGACCACGAGCGAGCGGCCAAAGCCAGCUGAAGAAAAACAAGUUGUAGCGGAAGACGCUGUGCCACGGACAAGAAGCGAGAAGCGGGGCGUCUCCACUGAGCAGCUGAUGACCGUCAGCAAAAAGAUGAAGAGCAGUUCGCUAUUCAGGAAGUGAAAACUGUUGCUGUUUAUUGUCUCCUGUGAUGUAGUGUGUCAUAAUAGCAACCCGUAAUUGCUCCCCUCAGACUGCGUGAUAUUCUACUUUCCGUGUCUGCAUUUUCUCUCGUGCAAAGCGAUAACUAUUUACAUAAGGCCCCAAAUGUGAAGACUAUCAGUGCAGUGAAUUCGUGCUUUUAUAUAAUGCUAAGAUACUCAUAGCAAAAAACUUGUUUUUUGGUUCUGAACUUUAUUGCGAAGCCAUGUUGAUAGUAACGCGUAUGAAGUGCCUCUGCAGAAGUAAGUUGAUGAGCGUUAAGUCUGCCAAAAGAAAUAUGGAAGGUGUUCUGAGCAACCAUUCUGUCCUGUUGCCAUAAUUUUCAGUAUGCGCAUCUAGUAAUACGCAUUUUUACUUAGCAUUCACUGAGCAGAAUUUCCCCGACUUACAAUUAUAUAAAUGCAGUUUUUGAGUAAUAUUGCCUUUUGCAUUGCAUUUAUUUUGUUUGUUACGUUAUUUCUUUUGUACUGUAUUAGUUGCACGACGUCGUAUAUGUUUUUAUGAAUGCUAAGUUCAAGUAAAGCAAAUAUCUUUUUAUUUUUUAUAUUCGACCUUGUUUGCCUCAACA